AUGUCUUCACAAAGAACCUUCAACUUUCGUUCCGAACAUUCCUCUCAAUCUCCUUCUUCGAAAGAUCCAUCAUGCAGCAAACAAAAAGAUUCGACAAAGCCCAAUGCUUUUUAUUCUUUAAAGAUGAAUAAGAAUACUGUUUACCAAAAUAGGACAUCACGAGGUGGCACCCUCUAUCUGUCACGAUCGACAUGCUUCACGUUGAGUUUUGUGAUCCUCUUCGGAUUCAUCAAUAUCUUCUUGUGUUUAAUCUUCUCCUCCACUCGUACUCUACUUUCUCAUCAAAAUAUCAUUCCAUUCACUGGUUGGAAUCAUUUAACAAAAAGUCUCUCCCUUCCGUGUUCUACAUUGUUUCAUGCCAUUUGGUCGGUCUUUACUUUUACCUUGUUUUUAUUGGACAAGUGUUUGGCCAAGUUGUCGGGAAAGCCAUCAUCAUUGACUAAAUUAUUUCCAAUUAAAACUAAUGGGAGUAAUGGAAAUGGAAAAAGCUCCUACAGUCGUCGAGUUCCAGAGAUGUUAUUAUUAACGAGUGUCUUAUUGGGAGGAUUUUGGGGAGGUUUGAUUGGAAUGAUUGGUUGUUGUCAUAAAACUAGAAAAUGGAAGUUUUGGUUGGUAGAAGUGAUUGCUUUUGUUCUACAUGUGGUUUUACAGAGUCAAAUUUUGGUCUCUGAGACCAAUCAAACCAUAAUGUAG